AUACCGUUGGUUCAGUACGGGGUGGCCUUCAGGACCGUUGAGAACGUCAGAGCACGCCGUUCUUGACGAGGGCGACGACGACGAGGAGUACGAGAAUCAUCCAGGGCUGUCUCGUUGCUCGUCACCCUCGAUUACGUUUCCGUUUAGUUCUCAUUUUACUUUUUUUUUAUAUAUAUAUCGGCAGCUUCGUUCCGCGACGGCAAUCCGCACGCGCGAUCUUACACGACGACUCUUACACGAGUUUCCGUUCGACGUCCAGUGAAAUAAAAUUACAAGUGGUCAAACGCGGGCCAACGAGAGCGCGUCUCGCCUUCGAAGUUCCGAAGAAGAAUUUUCGGCCGGCCGAGAGUUUCCUCGAAGACAAGUGGGAAUACGAGAUGGAUCUUCCUCCGCUGUUUCGAGGCGGGUGUGAGUGGUAGCACGAAGAGUCGGGAUUCGGCGCGUUCGACGGAACCGUGAACAAUCGUACCGAUCGAUAUCGAUUGGUAAAGAAGCGGCGCGAUCGAAGGUGACAAUCAAGGAGGAAGGACAGGGUAGAAGAAGCAGCCUCAGUGAGUCCUGUAAAAAUCGAUGGCCAUCAGCGCCCAUGGGCGGCCUCGCGUUUAGAACAAGGAAUAGCCCCUCCCAGAAGACCUCGCUCCGGUGGGGCGACUGCUGCCCCCCAAAUCCCAACCCUCCGUCGUCGUCGGCUGUCUGGAAGGGCCAUCAUCAGGACAUGCUGCCGGUACCAGUGUGAGGCUGUCCCCCGCUACUGCGUGAUUGUACCCCGCGGGGUCUUCAGAGGUAUCCGAACCUUUCGAAAUCAGAUCGGUCGCCAAACCUUCGUCAGUUCGAGUUCACGCAAGUGGACCCGUACUCACCGAAGAUGAUAAAUUUCGCCGGUGUUAUCUCGAUCGCUCUGUUCUACGCGCUGAUCCUGGGCGUAGGAAUAUGGGCGGCCAGGAAGAAAGAGGCUGGGAACGACUCCGAGGAGGAAGUCAUGCUAGCGGGUCGCUCGAUUGGAUUGUUCGUCGGGAUAUUUACAAUGACGGCAACGUGGGUCGGCGGCGGUUACAUUAACGGUACCGCCGAAGCGAUCUACACAAGAGGUCUUGUUUGGUGCCAGGCUCCGUUCGGAUACGCCCUCAGUCUCGUUUUUGGUGGCAUAUUUUUUGCGAACAAAAUGCGAGAACAGGGGUAUAUCACGAUGUUGGAUCCUCUCCAGGAUGCGUUCGGCGAACGUAUGGGGGGUCUUCUCUUUCUUCCUGCUCUCUGCGGCGAAGUGUUCUGGGCCGCGGGUAUUUUGGCAGCUCUAGGCGCUACAAUAGCGGUCAUCGUCGACAUGGAACAGGGCGCCUCGGUCAUUUUGAGCGCCUGUAUCGCAGUUUUGUACACUCUCUUCGGAGGUCUUUAUUCUGUUGCUUAUACUGACGUUAUUCAACUCUUUUGCAUCUUCAUUGGACUGUGGAUGUGCAUUCCAUUCGCGUGGGCGAAUCCAUUGGUAGCGCCUCUUAGUUCUAUGGAAGUGGAUUGGAUCGGCGAGGUAGACCCGAGUCUCCAUUGGUCAUACCUGGAUAACGGUUUGUUGUUGGUGUUCGGCGGAAUUCCGUGGCAGGUAUAUUUUCAACGGGUCCUGUCAUCGAAAACAGCGGGCAGAGCACAAUUGUUGAGCUACGUGGCCGCCGCAGGUUGCAUCCUCAUGGCCAUUCCGCCUGUGCUGAUAGGAGCCAUUGCCAAAGCGACCCCUUGGAACGAGACGGGCUACACCGGUCCGUAUCCGCUCACCGAGAGGGAAACAACCAUGAUCCUACCGUUGGUCUUGCAAUACUUGACUCCAGACUUCGUUUCGUUUUUCGGAUUAGGCGCAGUAUCGGCAGCAGUAAUGUCUUCGGCAGACAGUAGCAUCCUCUCGGCUAGCUCCAUGUUCGCCAGAAACGUGUAUAAAUUAAUCUUCCGUCAGAGGGCGUCGGAAAUGGAGAUCAUCUGGGUGAUGCGCGUCGGCAUAGGCGUAGUCGGUGUCCUGAGCACGGUGAUGGCGUUAACGAUACCCUCGAUCUACGGCCUCUGGUCAAUGUGCUCGGACCUGGUCUACGUGAUCCUCUUCCCCCAACUGUUGAUGGUGGUCCAUUUUAAAGACUACUGUAACACGUACGGCAGCCUGUCUGCCUACUUAAUAGCCUUCUUAGUGAGAAUCAGCGGAGGCGAGCCGUUGAUGGGUCUACCCGCGCUGAUCCAUUAUCCGGGCUACGACGAGGAGACGGACACGCAGUUGUUCCCCUUCAGAACGAUGGCGAUGAUAUUGUCUCUGGUGACUCUGAUCGGUGUCUCGUACGGCACGCAGGUGGCCUUCAUGACCGGCAGACUGGCGCCCGGUUACGACGUCUUCAGGUGCGUCGUUAAUAUACCCGAGGACGUCGAGAGGGUCGGCCCGGACCCGGCCGAGGGCGAGCAGAUGUCUGUCCUGGCUGCCGGUAUCGGCAGGCUCUACGGUAGCAAGGAUGAAUCGAACGGACGAGUGAAUCCAGCGCUCGAGCCGGACUACGACAUGGAACCGGGAUACAAGGUCGCAGGGAUGACGGACGGCAUCGUUGGCGGCGGCGGUGGCGGAGGACACCUAGCCCCUCACGGAGCCAACCCGCCUAGGCAGCCGCAAUCUAGUACCGCGUUCUAAUCCCUGGUUCCGUGAUCGGAUGCUGUGACCAACAAUAAGCGCGGCGGUGCGGGCUCGCGUCUUUUGUUCGAGUAUCAAGGUUUCCGUUGGUGAGUCGUUCUUUCCUUCUUUCCCCGUUCGGUUCGCUAUCUUUCACCGAGACCCCACGCCCACGCCCCUCCCCCCCUCUCUCUCUCUCUCUCUCUCACUCUCCCCGUUCGCUUUCGUUCGCAAUGUUCGCCGCCCGAAACAACGAUUUUAGAGGACAUCGUCGAUGUCGCUCGGAUUAUCGACGGGUUUCUUCGCGAGACAGGAACAGCCGUUCUGCUAGGAUGAACACCGGUUGUUUUAUUCGGUUGCACAGAUACCAGGAUUUCCGAAAAUUAUGAUGCUUCUGGGAAACGAAGGGUUCCUCGGGUCAUUCGGAGCAACUUUUUCCUCGAAGAAAAUGCAAUCCGCCGCUUCGUUUGCGAGUUAUCGACGGAAAAUCACUGGCCAAUCAGAGGGGGAGCCGGGUUCGCGCGAAGGCGGCCGAGUCAUCGAUUCGUUGAUCGGGAUAUACAAGGAUGAUAUAAGCAGUACAGCGAUGUCUCUCUAACUGACGCUCGGAUUCUGCAGAAAAAUUGACAAUUUGGGAAGAGGAGAUACGAUUAUUCGAGCCUUGCGGCUUGUUUUAACCCUUUGCACUCGAGAUUAUUUCAACCCCAAAAUGAUGAUAUUUGUAUUUCCAUAUCGUAUGAUCGUUUUUAUUGGAUGCAUUGGAAAUUGAACUUGUUGGCUUCCUGUUUUUUUUUUAAUUUAUGGAAUACAAACUUGAAUAAUGAGAAAAUUCUCUUCAAAUAUCGUAUAACAAUUUUUAACGUCGCCUCAGGGUCGCCGAUCGAGUGCAAAGGAUUAAUAGUUGUUGACGAUUCGUGACUAU